UUACGACAUCGCAGAGAUAGCACCACAACAAUAAUAUAAUCAGACAACAUGAUUUUUGCCAUCACAUUAUUCAUGGGUAUUACGAGCACUCUGGCAGCAGUUUUGGAGCCCAUGAGCUACUACCAGUACACCCAGUUCCAGGCUCCACUCUCCUGGGAGGAUAUAACCGGAAAGGGGCUGAAACAGGCCCUCGACAGCUGCCAGCAGAGUUUCCAGUGGCAGCGAUGGAACUGUCCCAACCAGGAUUUCGUGCAGAAGAAUUCCAAGCCGGAGGAAAACUCACCGAAUCGGGAGGAUGUCUAUGUGGCGGCCAUUUCCAUGGCAGCCAUAGUCCAUACUCUGACCAAGGACUGUGCCAAUGGAGUAAUCGCCGGAUGCGGAUGCACUGAAAAUGCUCUAAAUGUACCCUGCGCUCAUGAGCCCACCAAGGCAUUGCAGCAGUACGAGAAGCAUUUCGGAUCAGGAUCAGGAGCCACCGGUCACAAUCGACGGGUGGUGGGAGCUCUACUAGAGAAUUCACUGGAACAGGAAUGCCGGUGCAAGCAACCAGGAGCUGUGCAGGGCGAAUGCCAGGAGGAGGAGUGUGUGGCGGUACUGAAGCCAUUCGAGGCCAUUGCCCAAGAUCUCCUCCAAAUGUACGACGAUGCCAUCCAACUAGAAGGAGCCAGCAGCAAUCUGAAGAUUAUGUGGCAGAACAUUCCCCUAGACUCCCUGGUCUUCAUGCAGGACUCGCCCAACUACUGCGAACGCGAUGCCACCGGAUUGUGGAAGGGAACUCGGGGUCGCCAGUGCUCCAAGGAUGGCAGUGGUUCUCUGGAGGAACGUCUCUCCUGCCAGCAGCUGUGCCGUGUGUGCGGAUACCGAGUGAGAUCCCAGCACGUGAGAACCGAGAGGAGGUGCAAUUGCAAACUGGUCUGGGGAUUCCGACUCCAGUGCGAUGUGUGCGUCCAGCUGGAAAGGCAGUACUCCUGCUACUAAAUGGAUGCUCCACCGGAAAUGGAAUCCAGGACUGGGGCGCUGGUCGAGCCCCACGAAAACUGUUUACCUACAUUUAAGUUAAUUUAUUUGAUUCCACAUCUAAUUUAUUGCCACAACAAAUGCUAUCAAUAAAUACGUUAUUUAACAUAUACAA